AUGAAUGAGGUUUCUGUGAACCAAAUGCAGCAUAAUAGAUUUGAUCAUCGGAGCGCACUCGUCGAUUGCGAAAUCAAUGUCAAGGUCUCCUCGGCAAUUCUCUUCGACGUCAAGGCGAUUUGCAUCUCAGAAAGAUCACCUAAUCCUACAGAGGUCAUUGAUCCGGAGAGCACGACCCCUUGGGAUAGCGUUGAUCUUACUGCAUCGACGUUUGACUCGGUGACAUCACCGCUUGCAUUCUCUGGAUAUCCCAGCUUCAACCAAGAGCAAGAACAGCCUGAUCACGCCCAGGAGAGGCUAAUAUCGUAUGCGGAAGUUCAAAAGCACACAUUGGCAGACGACUGCUGGGUUAUCAUAGAGGGUAACAUAUAUGACAUUACGAGCUUCCUCAAAAUACACCCUGGAGGAGAACAGGCCAUUCUCACAGAGGCAGGAAAAGAUGCUACCGAGAUUUUCUCCAAACUUCAUCCAUCUGAUGCCUUAAGUACACUGCCACAAGAGGCACUCAUCGGGGCAGUAGAUCCCACAACACUGCCUGCACCGGAGGAGAAAGUAUUGACCGAGGAGGAAGAACGGCGACAGGCUGCGCGGGAGGAGAUGCCUGACGCACAUCAGAUGCUUCUUCUACAGGAUUUCGAAUACUGGGCCGAGCAAGUACUAAGUGACACAGCCUGGUCUUACUAUCGAAGCGCGACAGACGAGGAACGAUCGUUUCGAGAGAACCGGGAGGCAUUCAGUCGCUAUUUCUUCCGGCCGCGAAUCUUGCGCGACAUGAGCAUUGGCUCGACCGAGACAUCCUUCCUCGGCAUUCCAGUUACGAUGCCUAUUUUUAUUGCCCCGGCCGCCAUGGCAAAGCUCGGCCACCCACUUGGAGAGAUCAACCUCACUAAAGCUGCUGGAGAGUAUGGUAUCGUGCAAGCGAUUUCCGCGAAUGCAAGCUGCACCUUGGAAGAAUUAUUCAAUGCUCGAAAGGAUGGUCAGCCUCUCGUAUUCCAGAUUUACCUGAAUAAGGACCGUUCAGCUUCGGCUAGUCUACUACAGAAGGUCGAGCGGCUCGGCGCGAAAGCGAUUAUCUUUACAGUUGAUACGCUUGGGGAUUCCAAACGCACAAUGGACGUUCGCGGGAAAUUGAACGCUACCAAGGGGGCACCAGCACCUAGGACGCCUUUGGGUGUUGGUGCGGCUAUUUCAGGGUAUCAGGCUCGUGAUAUGACUUGGAGCGACAUAGACUUCAUCCGCUCUAAUCAUGGAGGACGCCAAGCUGAUUAUGCUCCCGCCCCCUUGGAUAUCCUCUAUGAAAUGCGGGCACUUCGGCCUGAUCUGUUUCUGAAGACGGAAGUGAUGAUUGAUGGUGGAAUCCGAUCUGGGGCUGAUGUGGUCAAGGCUCUGGCUCUUGGUGCCAAAGCUGUUGGUCUCGGGCGGCCGUUUCUCUAUGCCAACGGUACACAUGGACAAGAUGGCUGCAGCCGUGUAAUUGAGAUUCUCCAUGAAGAGAUCACAAAUACGAUGCGGAAUCUUGGUGCUUCGACAAUCCAAGAGUUGAAGCCGGAAAUGGUCGGCCCGGCAGGAGCAUGGGUUGGGGCUAAUAGACCGUUGUAUGCACCUGCAAUAAGCGGCAACUCAUCUCACGAUCAGCGUAGUCGGUUAUGA